UCACUUUGUCGUGCAGCGUUCUUGAAUUAGAGAGAGUAAAUGUUGACCGUGCUAGAGGCAGUACAGAGAGAGCAGAACCAGACAUGCACCUAUCCUUGUCAUUGCUAGCCCACUCCGUCCAUGCACCCUUCUCAUCAUGGACCUCAGUCGACGACAUCUGGCGAUUCCUGAUAUCUAUGAGGUGGUCAUCAUUGAUCGAAGGCAGAGAGGGAGACCGGUCGAAGCCAGUGUGUGCAUGCGGCGUAACAUCCGGAGGAACCUCCUUAAUGAGUACAAGAGGAGCAGGAGCAGCUAGAGCAGUUGCCACUGCAGCAGUUGCAAGCACAGGGAGACAUCUUGGCUGAAUAUGAACGUCGUGGUGAGCGAGAUUCUUGAAAAUGAGAUUUGUAGCUGAAAACGA